AUGUCGUCGUCGUCGUCUUCAACUUCAAAACCCACACAGGCCCCCACAACAUCUCGGGGAAAAACAGUGGGUGACAAGACUGACACAAAGGCGCCGGCACCCCCUCCGGGCUCUCCUCUAGAUGGCAACACAACCAUCACAGAGAGUGAGACGUCACGGAUCCCCUCCCACACCCCAACUGCCUCAACCGGGCAGACCCCCCCCCCGGGGGCCGCAAGGCCCCCACACCCCCCCCCACCUCCCCCCUCCCCCAUCGGGUCAAUGACCCCCUCAUCCCCCCCUUCCGGGUCAGCAAAGAGGUCCGAGGCCCCCUUUGCUGACCCCAAAAAUCCCACCCCAAAAACCCCCACCCCUCCACCCAAGAAGAAAACAUUAACACUCACUUUUGACAAAAAAACAACAACUUCACAAACAACAAAAACAGAAGAAAUCUCUCCCAUGUCAGAGAGCUCAAAUAAGACAACAACCACAAAACACCCAGGAAGGAUACAGAAAAAAAGGUAUGCAGCGCCAAGGAAAGGAGACCCUAAACUUGGCAAAAGCAUAGCCUUACUACAGGAUCUAGGAAAGAAAACGUCCACAGGUGGCCUACGCAGAGCGGUUACCAUCAAGAAUGCUCAAACAAGCGCGAGAAUGGCCGCCGCAGACGACAACAGAGACCUCGCAGAAGUAUCCUUCCAAGGAGACUCACCAACCAAACCAAAGCCGGACGAGGACACCACACCACCAGUAACACCAACGUCCACAACGGGACUGUUGUCGUCGCCAGAACUGGAGGUGAAGGAGCCAGAACCCGAGGGACCCGCACCCACUGCUCAACACUCCACUCCGACAUCAUCGCCACGAGUCGACCACUACAGCAUCGUUGUGUCCACAACACCAGUCGAGACACCGCAAUGCGAGGACGAGGACGACUUCGAUGAAAGGAUCUCGGAGAUAGACCAGGAGCUAUCAGACCUGGGAGUCUGGGAGCACACAGAGGGACUCUCGGAGGAUGACGCCUCCGAAACUGGAAGUGACGGCGGACGACCGAGUUUUCUCCCCCCCAUCGGACAACGAACGGCAGUAAGUAAAGAUCUCGCAACCGAGAGAGCCCGCGAAGUCAUGAUGGAGGGUAAAACAGCACUAGAGAAGCCCCGAAACUUGGACAAAAAGGUGAAGGCGAUCGCUGUAAACGCCCUCAGCGACCUAUAUGAACUCGUGUUGGCCCUGGCGGACUCCAGACAAAGGCAUCGCCUUAACCUGGAAAUUGAAAAGACCAGGUCCGCAAAGGAAUUAGCAAGGGUAGAGAGGGAGCACGCAAAGACACUGAGCUCUCUCCAAAAAGAGUUUGCCGAAGCUAUGCAAAAGGGAAGUGCAGACCACCAACGCACCCAUACAUCUGUGGACAAGGUCCAGGGCUGGCUUGACUUUGAGAUGGACGGAUUGUUCAAGACAGUCCAAGCCAUCCACGCGGAGGUCAGGUCGGCCCGCGCGCAAGCCUCAGUCCCACCCCCAAAACCAUCGGCAAACUCCACGGAACCCAAGCAGUACCCGGCACAGGACUACGGCGCGGUCCUAAAAGAAAUAUCGGACAAAGUAACCUCAUUGGCGACGGAACUCCACUACAUCAAGGAGGACUCAAAAGCAGCCAAGACAAUCCGAUAUAGCCCACCAUCAAGCCCCGAGCAGUGCCCCCAACCAACAUCAGAUGCUACCGCCCUUGAGGGAAUAAGAGGAGACCUCCGACGAAUUGAGGACUCCAUCAGCCUCCUCAAGGCUAGCAUCGAGGCCAAAUCGACCCCAAAGCGGGAAGACAUCAAAACGGACCUGAAGGAGGCACUGGCACCACUAACGGGCAAAGCCAAGGAAAUCGCUGAGGGCGUAGAGGAGCUAAAGGACAUAACCUACGCCGGGAACGGUCCUCAACCUGCGGGGGCUCUUGGAUUGGGUGCUGAAAUGGCCCUCACCGACACGACUGCUCAAUUGGAGGACCUCAUCAAUCCACUAAGGGCGGACGUGGCUGAGGCGGCGAGCCAGAGCAGGACCUUGAAGGAGACCCUCGUGUGGUUCAACUCGGCCCACAAAGACAAGCAGACGCGGCCCGUGAACGAAGUCGCACAAUCAAAAUCAUACGCAGCGGUACUUAAAACACAACCACCCAAGAAGCCGAACCACGCAAUAAUAGUUUCCAGUACUGAUCCCACAAACACCGGGGACAAAGUACUGGCAGCUAUUAGAGACACGCUAGAUUUCAAAACAACUGGAAUCACGGUGGAACGCGUGCGCAAGGCCAAAAACAGCAAGGUGGUGCUUACCUGCGACACAGGAGACAAUAUUAAAAAAAUUAGCACCCAAAUUUCUAAAAAUAAAAACCUCAUAGUCAAAGAGGCAAAAGCGUCUAAUCCUCUCAUAAAAAUUAAAAAUAUCUUGGCAUACCAUACGGAUGAGGAACUGGUAGAAAACCUUAAGGCCCAAAACAAAAAAGUCUUUGCAGACUUGGCCAAGGAAGACCGAUUCGUAAAGGUACGCUACAGAAAAAGAGCGAGAAACGUACACCAGUGUCAUCCGGUGCUGGAAGUGUCCCCCAAGUUGCACAGCAGAAUACUCGAGGCGGGAGUUUUACACAUCGGUCUCGAGCGAGGGUCAGUAGAAGAUCAGUCGCCCCUCAUACAAUGCUCCAAGUGCCUAGGCUUCGGUCACACCAAGGCACUUUGCAAGGAAAAGGAGCAGCUAUGCAACUUCUGUGGAGAAAACCACGCAUGGCAAGAUUGCCCGAACAGAGCGGCAGGUAAUCCACCGAAGUGCAGAAACUGCACCAAUUCUAAGAGGGACAACCCAGAAACACCACCCCACAUGGCAUAUAGUGAUAUAUGCCCUGAGCGACAAACGUGGGACCGGAUAGCACGUUCCAAAACGGCAUACUGCUAA